UCACCUUCCUGUCUAAACAGAUACUCUCGCAGAGUGAAGCAGAAGUUUGAAGCCACAAAUGAUGACAUGAAGCAGUGUUGGAGUAUUUUAUGUUUUCAUCAAUUUGUAAGUCUAUGAAUACAUGACUCUUGAGCUAAAACUGAACAACAUCUCAUCAUGACUGUGUCAACACUGUGUUUGGAUUUGGUAUUUAUACUAUUCAUAGUCCCCCAAUGCCAAUGCCAAAGUAAAAUUCCACCCUUGACAAAUGGAAAUUGUUCAGCAGGAUAUUUCAAAUCACAACAUGGUUGUCAGAUGUGUGAGAGCAAUUUUUACACUUCCUUCCCAAAUUCUCUAAAAACGUGUUUCAGAUGUACUCAAUGUGAUAGGGGCGCUCAUGAAGUAGAAGAUAUCACCUGUACACCAACACAGAACAGAGUCUGCGGUUGUAAAGCUAGGUAUUACAAGAAUGAUGGUCGCUGUAAACCCUGUCUCAGCUGCCAAAACUGCACAGACUGUUUGAACUGUAAAGAGAACUGUACCCAACAAAUGACAAAUGAUAAAACCACACCAGUAGUUUGUGGGAUUGGCAAAUACCUGGAUGAUGGACAGUGCAAAAGCUGUGUUGAGUCUAAGUGCACGAAAGAGUCCUGUAAAUCUUUUUGUAGUCCUACAGAUGAAGCAAAAGGUUUUUCUAAAGCGCUGUUGCUGGUAUUAUUGAUCAGUGUGACCUUAUUGGCUGGUGUUCUCUGUCUUCUUCUCAUCUGGUUCUGUAGACGGAGAUGGCUUUGCAAAAUCUGGCAUGUUGGCAAACCUCCAAACAUUCAGAUUCAACCAGAUCAACCUAAUGAUUUAAUCAGCAUCCCCACAGCAAUGGAACUGACAGGACACAACGUCCACAGUGGAGAUUUACAGAGCAUCAUGGGCCCUCUGAUAGCAAACGGAAACCCAAAAUUGAUGCAGGUGUUGCAGAAGGAGUCCUGGCCAGCAUCAGUGCUGUACAUGGUCAUAAGAGAGAUUCCUGUGACGCGUUGGAAGGAAUUUUUGCGACUGCUUUCUGUGUCUGAUGAUCAGAUGGAACGGAUUGAGCUGGAGGCAGGCCCAUCCUAUCUGGAAAAGCAGUAUCAUAUGCUACGUCUGUGGAGCCAGAACAGUGGAGCGAAGAUUGAGAAUAUCUACUCAACAUUACACUACAUGAACCUGUCAGGCUGUGCCCAGGAACUGCAAGAGAAACUAGAACAACUGCAAGCAAGCAUGAAAGCUCACUCAUCUUGACUCCCUCUCCUCAUGUGUGUGAGCUGCAGUUGCAUUUCACAAUCAUUUACAGGGAACACUGAACAGCAGAUGCUGUGUCUUCUGAACUUUUAACAGAAAACCUCAGUCAAAAAUAUUUUACUUUGUGAAUUGUUUUAUUUGAGUAUAAUAUAGAUUAUUAUGCAUAUCAUAGGUGCUUUGUAAUAACCGAUUGUAAUCAUUGUUCUUGGUUAAAUUAAUCAGCCUUGUGUCACUAUACUCUACAAAUGUGGAUUUUUAAAGAAUUGUUGACCAAUUCAAAGUUUGAAUAUAAAUGUUUCAAUUUUAUCAUCCAUCAGCUUAAGGAGCUAACUAGUGGUUUUCAGGAGAAACUUAGCUGCUUAUUUGUUUCACGCUAAAGGUUAUUUUAAGUUCUCAGUCAUAUUGUGCAUGGGCAUGUUGGAAGUAUUGUGUCAC